CGGUACUUCCCAACGUAAUAUUUUAUGUGCUAGGCUUUCUAGUGUUAGGUGUGAUAAAUAAAUUCCUGCUGUUCCUAAUAUCACAUGACAAACAUAUCCGCCUCUUUUCGAAUUUUAAAAUGGUUCUUAGUUGCGUAUAAGUUAUCAAGUUUUACCUUUAAAUGUACAUAAGUAUAUGACUCGAGUGUCAAUUAUCUUAAUCCAUUAUAUACGAAAACGGCAAAACAGAGAGACAGAAAAUAUGUUGCAUUUGUGAUGUCAAAUAUGUAAUACGAUGUCCCUGAAGUAGUCUUUGUUCAUAAUACUUUAUAAAGCAAAUCAGCCGAUUUGCUGAUUUGGUUCCCCUUUUUUGUUAUCCUGAUUAUUGCACUUACAUCAAAUGCAAUGCACCACUUUGUUGUAUAACAGAAUAGGGAUAUACUCUUAGGUAACUUGUACACUUUUGCAGUUCCUUCUGAAAACCUUGACUAAAUGCUCACACUGCGUUGAUUGGCAUACUAAUGUCCGCUUUAUCUCAAUGUAAAUUGUUUAUGUUUGGCCAUAGAAAACAGCAACUAAAUAGUUGAUUAGACACAGUACCUAAAGGAAUUUCCAGAUGCCUUAGCACUGUUUGAAACAGUUGUGUAUGUAGGUGAGGAGUGACUUCCAACAAUUGCUCAUUUACUUCGAUUUUUAGUUGGAUAGUCACUUUAUUAAAGAUAUUUGACGGUUACUUCCUUCUGUGUUUUUAUUCGUUUGCUAUGUCUCAUGUUUAUUAGAGAAUUGUACUAAAAUUUUCAAGCAGCAAGAAAUGUUUAGUUUUAGUGUAAUUUGCCGAAAUAUAUAUACUUUCUUACUGUCAAACUGAAGCGUUUACAUAAAUGCAAGACUGUUAUACACCGGCACUGCAAGCCAUUCGCAAUAAGUAGCUGUUCACUUACCUAGUGAAUUUUGUUUAACUGGAUUUAUCUAACUUAAGUGUGUUUAUCGUGUUUACUGGUACCUUCCUGUGGCUAUCAAGUAUGCAAUAAUAUUAUGAAUUCACUGAACCUAGUCAUAGAUUACCUUGCCAUUCUGUCUAUUUACCCCUUUUUUGGACACUUCACACUAUAUCUAAGAUUUACUACCUAUUAAUGGUGCUUUAUUCAUCAAACGUUACCCACUACUUAUAAUGAUAUGACUUAAAUUAUUCGGGAUAAGUCAGUAUUCUUUAAAAGAAACUUAAGUCUUAAACUUCUGAAGUGUAGUUCCUUUAGCCUGAAGGUUUUGAUGACUCACAUUUCUUGUUAAUUAUCAUUCGCUUGGGCCGCGAUUUGAACGUAGAGCUACAGUAGCACAUAUCCAUUUUGUACUUUGCUGGCUCUAAGGUCGCCCAUAAUCUCCCAUCUCCUCAUGCAGUCUCUUCCUUGUCACUCAGACACCCAACUCGCCAUCCCCCACUCAGGUUGAACUCAAAGGUAUACUUGGCGCGCGAUUUCAUUCAACUGUCGUCUUAGUGUGCUUUCGUUCCAUCUUCAAUUUCUUCCAUAUAUUUGUGGAGCCGUUCUAAGAGUUCCUUGUCUACUUUUUCUGGCCUUUUGGGUCUAACGAAGGCAUUGUUGUUGAAAGUCUUCAGCCUGUUGGAAGUGCUUCUGGUGACUCGCUAAGUCUGUGAGCCAUGGAUAGUUUAUUGACGCUUUUUGGAUAUUGGUUACUGUCCUUUAUCCCAUAACCAUGCCCGACGUGAUAUAUACUAUGUUGUUUCUACUAAUUAGUCGUAGUUCUGCUUUCUAAUAUUUUUAUGAAGUAGUUGGUAGUGUCAAAAUGUAGUGCAUGUGGCUGACAAGAAUUUGUAUGUAGCAUAUUGGUGAUGACCACCUUUGCAAGGGUCUUGAGUAGCCGAGCGAUGGACUAAGCCGUAAAAGUGAGCUAACGUUUCAAUAUUAGGUUUUUACAUUUUGCUAUCACUGUACGGCAUUGCCAAAUUAGCAGUUCUACUACCAAGUACCUCUGUUUUUCGCCCGUACAAGAUGACUUACUGUGUCACACAUAGUGUUGUGUGUGAAAUAAGGAUGUUGCUCACUGGCUUAAGUUCUUGGUUUGUAGUAAUUGAGUCGCGGGUCCUAGUUGUCCUUCAUCUACUGCAACUGGUUAGUAUCAUAAGUCCUCAUGUAAUAAUUUUGGUCUUUAACCUUAUCCUUGAGUAGUGUAAGAAGUUUUACCCUUCAUUUUGCAGUCCAACAAAUUUCGUAACUUCACAUCGCAAUUUUAGUUCAAAUAUGUAGUCAGAUACGAGGUUUUAAGUAAGGAGGGCAUGUUAGUGGAUAGUUUUACCAACGAAAACACAUUUUUCAUCUUGUGCUAUGUAUGGGCAGCGAAUACAAGGGUAGCCUAGAAAAAAGUUGUGUAGUCAAACCAAGCCACGGUAUCAAUCUAUGAUGCGUUUGACAUAUAGCAGUUGUUGAAGUGUCGACUUCAAAUGGGUACAUUUUUUAAAUAUUUCUACCUAGCUGUACUUUAAAAUUAAGUUCUUAUGAAGACGAGUCAUUUUAAAAUUACCAAUUUAUUCUGAUAUUUCUAGACUUAUAAAUUGUAAGUACUAAUAUUUGAAGCAUUUAGGGGAUAUAUCAAUCAUUAUUUGGUUUUACAUUUGAUGCACUGCACACUUUUAGGUUUUCAUGUUUUCCAUUGCUUCUAAAACUAUUCAAAAAUUACUGUCAACUGCACAUGUUCGUCCACCAAAGUGUUUCCUGUCUACAACUGUUAGCGUGUGCAAAAAGAAUAAUAUCAAAAACUGGAAUGGAACUACUCUAAUAUCUAAAGCCACUGGUCGCAAUGAAGACCUAUGGAGUUUAUAUAACGAAGUAGUUUAUCCACCGCUGCCCAAAGCUUCUGCAACUUCAAGUGACUUGUCAGAGCAUAUUAUUCGUCCUGGUGAAGUUACACACCGCCGUGAUGAUAUUUUUUACAGUCAAAAGCGACUUUGGUUGUUGGCUCAGUUGAUUCGUGGACGAUCAGUAGAUGAUGCUUUCGCUCAGUUGGGAUUUCGUCCAGAAAAAGGGGCUAGAAUUCUUGAAGAGGUGUUAGAAGAGGCAAUAGAACUAGCAGUGAAAGAACAUGACUUUGAGUUCUGUACAAAAAUUUGGAUAGAGUCACUUUAUGCUUUACGUGGUCGAAUGGUUCCUCGUUUACACAAGGGUAUUAGGUCUACAGUGCAUAAAAUUAAUUUUCACUACACAAAUUUAUAUAUCCGUUUAAGAGAAGGUGAUCCUCCAAAGCUUUAUCAUCCAAAUCAAGUGAAAGGAGUAUGGACUCCAGUUGCAAAUUGUCCACCGGAAGGCAGAAAAUGGGGUUCAACACGAGAAAUGGUACAUCGUGAGCUGCAUAGACUACGAAGUCGAGAGUUGAAAGGAAAUCUAUAA